UGGAGUAACCCGCACCGCAGUCAACCGUUGCGCAGCCUAUAUAUAAUUGCAGCUUGGCCGCUAUUGAAAAUGUACAUUUCAUUUACCAGCAAAGUAAAGUAAUAUUUACGAUUCCAUAAAUAAUCUCAGAGAAACGUCGACAUUCUAUCUAUAACUGUAGAUUACAAUCAGGAUGGAUUCUUUUGACCGUCUCAGUCAUCUCACUCAACCUACGGUUGAAGGUCUUCCAAGGCUGGAAGAGCAGCCCCCCACAAUCAACACUCGCUAUGCCAUCAAGAGCGGAGGGUUUGAUUGUCUUAGUGCAUCAAACCAGGAAAAGCAGACCAAGAUUUGGUUCAAGUCACCGGUUGGUUCUCAGCCCAUACGUCUAUUCUUACAUCAAUGUAACUGACUCUCCUAGCCACUCACCGCCCAAACAAUCCGUAUGAUUCGCGGGAUUAAACUAUUCGCAGAGUUGCACGAUCAAGGUUUUGUCAAUGAGUCGAAGGAAGGCAAUUGGACCUGGAUUGAGCUAGUCAUUCUUGACAACGGAGAGGCGACGUCUCCUAAGAAGGCUCGCGAUGGUCAAGAGCUUGUCGUCAUGAGCCACUCAAAUAAAAUCAGUCCCACUCCCAACCGAGGCCAAGCCCACAGACCCCAUCCAGAAAGAAAACCAAGACGGUUCCUACUGCCAACAUAACAGUUAUUUAUUUCCCACUUGGCACCGCGUGUACAUGAUGCUAUUCGAGGUAUGUAAUAUUCCCUUCACAUCGAAGUUCUACAGACUAAUACCGUACUUAGCGACGAGUCAGCGACCUCAUGAUGGAAGAAGCUGUGACCCAUGAGAAUGAAACAAAGGAAUGGGUUUUAGCCGCAAAACGAUGGCGUUUGCCCUACUGAGACUGGGCUGUAGACACGCCACUUCUUCCUGGUCUAGCUAGUAACCAUAAGAUUCGUAUCAUCAGGUCUUGGGACGGCGAGGCUCAACCCGUAAUGGAAGAGUUUGAUAACCCAAUGUAUCGAUUUCAAAUGCCUAAUCAUUACCCUAUGGGCAGCAUGAGACACGGCGACUACCGCAUCGAUAACAAAGAAGAAGAUCCAGUACGUAUCACUAGCUGAAGCGUUGUAGCUUCAACGGCCAUGCUAAUGACGCUCAGUGGCACGAAUGUAUUUGCACCAGUCGCCAUGGCAUCACAAGCGACGGCCCUAGAAAUUAGGUUGAUGGAUACUCUAACACCGCGGAAGUGGAAGCGGCCCUGCGGGGCGGGCACAACGGACCAUCCGACCUCACGCUCAAAGACGCCAUCUUGCGCCUGCUUACACACGACUAUACCACCAAAUACGUGCAUUUUGCUUCAACCAAGCAUGACAACGAAUCACCAGAGGAAGCAUCUGGAGAAGAGGCAAAGGAAUUCCUGAAUCUAGAGAGUAUUCAAAACAACGUCCAUGUAUGAAUUUUUGUCUUAUACAAGCUUCAGUCAUGGAGAUAGCGUUCUAAUUUAUAGAUAGAACUUCAUUGGCGGCACUAAAGAUAGUUCCGGUCGAGGCCAUAUGCACUCAGUCGCAGUGGCUGCAUUCGACCCCAUUUUCUGGCUACAUCAUUGCAAUAUCGAUAGACUUCUUCACUUGUGGCAAUGCUCUAACCCCGGCAACUGGUUUCACCAGAAAAAGAAAGGGGGGAAACUGGCUGAUGACGGCCCUCAGAAAGAUCUUAUUCCCUUCCGUUCUUCCAGUGAAGUCAAUGAAUUCUACAACUCUAAUAUGGUCCGACAUAUUGAUGCGCUGAAUUAUACCUAUGAUUACAUAGAUAAGUUCACUGAUGAUUUUGGUGACAUAAUACCGGAGAAGAGUCACGAAUAUAUCAACAACUUGUACGGACCCAAAGAAGAUGCCUACGGAGAGCCCAAAGAGGCAUUUGACCCCGUCAUCAAUGUCGUCUACAACCGGUAUGUUCCAGAGAGACUCUCUCCCAACAUUGCCUUUAUUCCUCCUCUGACAUUCCUUUUUUAACUUAGAUAUGCUUUUGACGGCCACUCAUAUACCUUACUCUUCUUCCUUGACGAGAAAGUUGUCGGCAGUAUCUUCACAUUCAGUACUCCCCUCGAUCAGGGUGCUACUUGUAAGAACUGCUCUAAGCAGGAGCAUAACAAGAUCCUAUCACGGGCGCAAGUCCCGCUCACGCGUGUUGUGCCUAUCGAGAACCGCAGCAGUCGAUCAGAGGCUGUGGAAUAUUUCAGGAAGAACCUGAGAUGGAUAGCAGUCCGUGGUAAGAAAGGUGAUGUGAUCAACAGGGAAGACCUGAAGCCACAAGUGAAAAUCACACUGUCGAUUGGAGUAAAUAAGCUUCAAGAAGAUGUGGGCAAAAAGUCACUUUUCAAAUAUUAUAGUUAUUUGGAUCAGGAGUUCGAUUGGGAUGAGACUUAUCUGUAGCGCUGAUUUUAUAUCUGUAUCUCCUUUUUCUUUUCCUCUUUGACUUUCUCCUAUUUUUUGAACAUCGGUAGCGCCGCUAUUGCAUUGCUACAUGGCGUUGAUCGAUCAACUACUACGAUCAUUCACUUUACUAUUAAAGCUACAAGCAUUUUAAUUGCGUGAGCUUUAAGAAGCCUAGCAGUUCCUUGUUUAGCAAUAGAACAAACAAUUUUCAUUUCUACCUUAAC